CUUGGCUCUCUCCCCGUUCCAACUCGUAUAAUCUAUUCUAUUCCAAAAACUCCACCCCGAUGCCCAAAAAGCCAUGUCCGAGCCCUCGAACUCCGCCCCGCUAGGCCUCCUCGACCACCCCCACCACCAUCCCCACCACCACCCGCCUCCGCCGCCGUCAUCCCCGUCGUCCUCCUCCCCCGGCCUCGCCCGCGACUACCGCAAGGGCAACUGGACCCUCCACGAGACCCUCAUCCUGAUCACCGCCAAGCGACUCGACGACGAGCGCCGCGCCGGCGGCGGUAGCUCCUCCUCCGGCGGCGCCGCCCCCCGCUCCGCCGAGCAGCGGUGGAAGUGGGUGGAGAACUACUGCUGGAAAAACGGCUGCCUCCGGAGCCAGAACCAGUGCAACGACAAGUGGGACAACCUCCUCCGGGACUACAAGAAGGUCCGGGACUACGAGGCCCGCGCCACCGCCUCCACCGCAGCCGCCGCCGGAGGUGGCCCCUCCUAUUGGGCCAUGGAGCGGCACGAGCGGAAGGAGCGCAACCUCCCCACCAACCUCGCCGCCGAGGUCUUCGAGGCCCUCACCGACGUCCUCAGCCGCCGCGCUGCCCGCCGAGGCGGUGCCGGCGCCGCCGCCACACCCGCUUCCCGCGGUCUCCCUCCGCCGCCGCCUCCUCCCCCCACGCUCACCCCGCCGCCCCAGCCCCAGACGUUGGCGGCCACCCCUCCGCCGCCGCCCCCGCCUCCUCCGUCGGCGCAACCCUCCGUUUCCGCGGAGAUGACGGAGACGACGGACUCGUCGGAGAACGAGGGGGUCGAGCCGGAGGCGAAGCGGCGGAGGCUUCGGCGGCUGGGGUCGAGCGUGGUGCGGAGUGCGACGAUGCUGGCGAGGACGCUGCUGGCCUGCGAGGAGAAGCGGGAGCAGCGCCACCGCGAGAUGGUGGAGCUCGAGGAGCGCCGUCUCCGGAUGGAGGAGGAGCGCACGGAGAUGCGCCGCCAGGGCUUCGCCGGCCUCAUCUCCGCCGUCAACAACCUUUCCGGUGCCAUCCACGCCCUCGUCUCCGACCACCGCAACGGCGACGCCCGGUGAACCUAACCGUCACGAACCGGAUCGGACCCGAGCAUCCAAUUUGCUUCCUGGUUGCGGAUGUAAAUAAGGGCCUAAAACGAUGGUAUUGUUAUUUAACUUAUUUUUUUAGGGUGUUAUUAUCGAUUAUUUUUUACAUUUUUCCAUCUAUUUCAGCCUAAAAUCAUGUCGUGGGCCCUGUUCCAUUCAUGCAUGUGGCGAUAUUAAUGACUAAA